AUGGAGAUCAGACAAGCUGUCAGAAUGUCUUCGUCCCUUCCAGUGUUAUUUGAGCACGUCCAACCGAUGAACGCCAGUUGUGGUAGAAAAUCGGUGUAUAUUGAUGGGGGAAUGCUGUGUAUUUACCCAAUUUUCUGCUUUGAUGGAUGGUGGCUUUCAAUGAAACCAGAGGAUUCCUUCUUCAGAAAGUUGAACGACAUUGAUAGAAUGCCCGAAAUAUAUGAGAGUAGAUUUAAACCUGAAAACGAUGAAGAUUUAUUAAAGACUUUGGGUUUUGUAUUGUUCGCCGAUAAAGAAAGUAGGUUAUAUCGAAGACAUUAUGAAGUAAAGGAAGGGAUUAAUAAUCUAACACCUGUAACAGAGCAGCCUCCUAAACUGGAUAUCCCAGAAACGGAUUCAGUAAACGGACUCUCUUCUGGAAGAUGUUCUAGAACAGAGCAACCCCCUAAACUGGACAUUCCAGAAACGGAUAUAGUAGACGGAUCGUCUAAGAGCUCCUCUGUAACAGAACUGGAAAUCCUAGAACCGGAUACAUGCGACGAAGUGUUCAAAGACAUAAAUACAAAGCUGAAAAGAAAAUUCUUGGCCUCGAACGAACCCAUUAGUGACAGUGAUAACAAAAAUUUGAUGAUAUUUCUGAAGUUAGUUGCUGCUAAGGAUAGAGAAAACAAGCUAGAAAUGGCAGACUUCAUUGACGAACUGGAAAGGUUUAAAGGUCAACAGACAGACGUUUUUGAGGAUUUAUUCGGAGACAGAAGUCCAACACAAGUAUGGGCAUACUUAACACAGAGAGAAUGCGGAAAGAUAGAAUUUUCGGACAUAAAUCGAUUCAUCACAAGGAACACCGGCUACAGUGUAGAUCAGUGGUACAGUGGAUUUUCUUACAAACUUUCGGAAACACCAACAGAGUUCUUAGGCUCCAUACUCAAAACAAUGAUGCUGAAUUCAAGCAGAAUCUAUAUGAAGAAGUCCUGA